AUGGAAAUUAUCGAGAGAUUUGAUGUAAUAUUUUUGAGAAAAUUAAACUUUAUAACAAUGGAAUUAGAUUCUUUAUGCCAACAGUGGGACUCAACCUUGGAUAUUGAUGAAGAGAAUCUGGAAAUUGUUGCUGAAUCAGAAAAACACCCACGUCUUUCUUUAUAUAAAAAUAAAGGUCGAGGUGCUGAUCAAGAAAGGCGUUGGCGUCAAGAACUCAGUAAACUUAGAUCUAAGAGCGAAAGAUUGGAUCACUUCGAUUGUCAUCGUUUUUCCCUGAAUGAAAAAGAAGAUUCGAAACACCCUUGGGUAUCCACUGCAUUAAGCUCUGGAAUAAAGAGUUGGCGUCGUCAUUCAAACCUUCUUAUGCUGGCUGAAUGGUUUUUAUUCAUGCCUCCGAAUUUCGAAGAGGAGUAUUAUAUGAAACUAUGUCCUAGAGGCCGUCAUGUGUUUAUCAGAGCGUCUAAAGGGAAGACAAAAGUGUACACUAGAAGUGGACGUCGGAUAAUGUCUAUCGUUUCACGACUUCCUGGAGGCGGCUUAGGUCAAAGUGAUAAACAAAACAGUUCAUAUACAACAUUAUUAGAUUGUAUCCUGUACUACCCUCCAGUAGAAAACACUGAUGUCAACAGUUGCCAAUUGGAUUGUGAAACAAAUCAAAUACUUUAUAAUUUCUAUGUGAUUGAUAUCAUUUUUAUGAGAUGUACAACGUACGCCAGUCUCCGAUUUUAUGAACGAUACCAGUGGAUGGAAGAAUACCUCAAACAGCAGAUAGAAGAAUAUGAUCAAAGUGAUUCUGUUCGUUUCCAUGUCAUCCCAUCGUAUAAGUGUAAUACAGAAUCAAUGCAAAGUGCAGUCUCUUCAAUGCCAUCAUAUCAGAUUGAUGGUGUUUUAUUUUACCACGAAGAUGUCAAUUAUGAACCUGGAGCAACUCCGCUUGUUAGCUGGUUGAAGCCAUACAUGCUACCAGAAUGGUUUCCAAGUAUCAAAUUUCAUCCUGACUUCUUGAAAGAUAUUCCAAGCAACUAUACGGAUUACUUAAACGAAAUACAACAGUAUGAAGCUAAAAUUAAACCACCAAAAGACUUAUCAACUGUCACAGAAGCCACUACUGAAUAA